AUGGAAGAUCUUGACGACGCAACCGAAAUAAUGCGGCUGCUGGUCAAAGCAACUCCACCUGGUCAUCCAGACCAAGCUAUGUAUUUGAACAAUAUUGGAGUUUUGCUACGCGACAGAUACUCGCGGAUCGGACGAAUAGCAGAUCUCGAGGAGGCGCUUAAAAUAGCACAACAAGCUGUCGCAGCCACUCCGCCCGGUCAUCCAGAUGGAGCUGAGCGAUUAAGCAAUGUCGCAGGGUCUCUACGAGAUAGGUACCUAUGGACCGGAGUGCAGGAAGACCUUGAGGAAGCAACCAAGAUAGCGCGGCAAGUUAUUGAGACCGCUCCGCCUGAUCAUCCAAACCGAGCUAUGUUUUGUCAUAGUCUUGCAAGCUGUCUACGGGACACAUACUUGCGGAUUAGGCGGGUAGCAGAUCUCGAGGAGGCAAUCAAGAUAGCGCGGCAAGUUAUUGAGACCACUCCGCCUGAUCAUCUAGACCGAGCUAUGUUUUGUCAUAGUCUUGCAAACUGUCUACGCAAUAGAUAUUCGCGAACUAUGAUGCCAGAAGACAUUGAUGAGGCGAUUCAAACAAUGCGGCAAGUCAUUGAAGCUACUCCGCCCGAUCAUCUAGGCCGAGCUGCAUACUUGAACGGCCUCGCAGGGUCUCUGCGUGAUAGGUACUUGGGGACUGGGGAGCAGGAAGACCUUGAGGAGGGGAUCAAAAUAAUGCGGCAAGCCAUUGAGGCCACUCCGCCCGAUCACCCUGACCGAACUACAUACUUGAACGAUCUCGUAGGGUUUCUACAUGACAGGUGCUUGCGAACUAGGGAGCAGGAAGACCUUGAGGAGGCGAUCAAAAUAUCGCGGCAAUCUGUUGAGGCCACUCCGCCCGAUCAUAUAGAUCGAGCUCAUCGAAUAGAUCAUCUCGGGACCGCUCUAAGUGAAAGAUACUUGCGGAAUGGGAUGGUAGAUGACCUCGAGGAAGCGAUUAAAAUGGCGCGGCAAGCUAUUUAA